UCACAGCCACAGAUAUCAUACUCCGACUGUUUGGACCCUGUGAAGCUACAUAGAUCGGUCCGAUAUUAGCAGUUGACUAGGCCCGGUGAACCAGUUCAACCAGCUCUUUUCUUUCAUUUGAAAUUCCGCAGAUACUUACCGUUGCCAACUUCACUGAUGGGCCCUGAUGCAGACGCCACCCUGUGACUAGCAUUGGAGAGCGGGUACUGAUUCAUCUUGUCAACAGCAAUGGCUUUGUUGCAAAGCUCAACGACACUUGUCGCGGUUGUGAUACUGGCGUCUCUCUAUCUCCUACAAGUCUAUCGCCGAAAACAACGAACGACUCGGACACCCAUACGAGGACCUCAGACCCCAGGCUGGGUGUUUGGAUUCGCCAAGAUACUGUUAAAUUCCACCGCUACAACUGAACUGUACGAACGUUGGGCUAGGGAGUAUGGUACAGUGUAUAAGGUCCCGGAUAUCUUUGGACGGUCCAGGGUUAUAUUAUGGGACCCAAAAGCAAUCUCUCAUUUCUUUGCAAGAGACACAUGGUUGUAUAACCAAACUCCGUUCAGCAAGAUCGUCAUUCAAACAACGAUCGGAAGAGGAGUAUUGUGGGCCGAUGGUGAAAGUCACAAAAGGCAGCGCAAGGCUCUCAACCCCGCCUUUACCGCAGCUGCUAUUCGCAGCUUGACAUCUGUUUUCCAAUGUGCCGCUCACAAGAUAGUGAUCGCUUGGGACGGUGAGAUAGAAUUGAAUCAAAGAACUCAUUGCGCAGUAAUUGAUGUUCAACAAUGGAUGAAUCAUAUCUCACUCGACUGUGCAGGCAUAGCCCUCCUGUCCCAUGACUUCGGCGCACUCGAUGGAAAUGACUCGGACGUCGCGCACGUCCUGAAUGCAUUUGGUUCACCCGCCAAAAUUUCCAACUUGAUCAUAUUGGCACAAAACUUUCCUUCCAUCCUGAAGCUGCCAUUGCCUCGCAUGCGGUUCACCCAAAAGCUUCGCCUGAUAGUUGGCAAAAUAUGCCAGGAGAUGCUAUCACGGACGCGCAAGGAAAAGGAUACUGGCGGUGCUGAGAAGGGGGACAAAUCGUGUCUGGGUUUACUCUUGAAAGCGGAGGAAUCUGGUGAGAGCGCGGGGCUGACUCCACAAGAAGUACUAGAUGAGGCAAGCGUUCUCCUUCUCGUCAGUUUUGAGACCACUUCAGUAAGCAUGACAUGGGCUUUAGUAGAACUUGCGCAGAAUCCAGACAUACAAAAGAAGCUUCGCAACGAGUGCUUAGAGUUUGGGCCAACCCUCUCAUAUGACGACCUUACGAACAAACUUCCCUAUCUGGACGCUGUGGUAAAUGAAGUUCUUCGCCUCCACGCACCGGUCAAAGAGAUCUCGCGAUCAGCUAUGCAAGAAGACGUGAUCCCUCUCAGCGAACCCUUGCGCACAGCUGCCGGUGAUUUCACCGAGAGCAUAUGCAUCCCGAAGGGGACUGUGAUCGUGGUCCCGUUCGCUGCACUCAAUUGCUCCGUUAGCCUGUGGGGUCCUGACGCAAAGGCAUUCAGACCUUCUCGGUGGUUUGAAGGGGACGAGGGUACGCUUGGGGCCAGAGAAACCCUGCAUGGCUAUCGUCAUUUGAUGACAUUCGGCGAUGGAGCGCGGAUGUGCUUAGGGAGGCUAUUUGCGUUGGCAGAGUUCAAGGCUGUGUUGUUCGUCCUUGUGCGAAAAUUUGUGUUUGAGAUAGUGGAUGGCCCUGGAGUGCAGAUUGUAGACGGUUUGGGGACUACACCAAGGCCAAAGGUGGCUGGGAGUGACGCUGGAAGUGUGCCUCUCCAGGUGCGCCGCUAUGAAGUUUGAUUGUGGUCUGUAACUAUGUAGUAGUAUGGUAAGAAAACUGUAUGCUAACCUCGAGUCAUCCAUCUUAAAUAUAUAUGUAAAAAUAUAGGCUCAUGACU